UCAGUCGAUGGUCAUCCUUCGUAAGUGACGGUUCGUUUCGUUUUCUUGUCUCACUUUUCCUUCAUAAUAAUCGUCUCUUUUAUUUUUUUAACUAUUCAUUUAACUCGACAUUUUAUUAAGGAUUUAUUUUCUCAACGACUACAAAAAAAUUCAUCCUUCCAAAUUUUUACGAAUUAUCUCGCGUAUACAUAUGUAUGUGACACCAUUUCAUUCAAAAUAAGAAAAUCAACAAUAACAAAGACAACAACAACAACAAGAGUAUCAGUGCCGAGCCUAAGUGUUUUAAUUGCAGUUUCGAUUAUGAUGCGCGAUAGACGGCAUUAAUUUUUGUUUUUUGGUUUCUUUUUUUUUUGUUUCUUUUAUAAUUAUACCUGUCACGAGUCAAACGUCCCAGGAAUUUUGCGGCUGGAUUAUGAACGUAAAGUGUCAUGUGUCAAGACCCUGAAACCUCCUUCGGAACAGGAAGAACGCCGCAAAGACGAGUUCGAGCAAACUCGAACCUUACGAUUUCUGGGACAAGAGGCUACAUCGGGCAAAAUGAACGGACCGGUGUAUGCGUCCUCCUGUCCUGCACUACAAUCGAAUCUUUCUUUACAUAGCUCAUCAUACUAUAGCGAAUACAGUGGCACAACCAGAAGACGACUGUCUUCGACUGGCGAGGCCGAUACUUCCGCUACUUCGAGCUACGAAGGAAGUGAUAGCUCCGAAAACAGCGACGAAUCACGAUUAGAUCCGGUCAGCCAAAUGGAACGCGAACAAUUGGAGACUUUCUUUCGUGGACUUAAAUCACAGGUAUUCGUAUGCGAAUCACUAGCAAACUUGUAUCUUGGUAGCGCUUCGCAAACAGAAAGGUGGGAACUUCGAUUCACUGGAAUACCGGUCGUUGUCCUUGAUCUUGGAGAGACACGAUCAAGAUCCAAAAGACGUAUUCAGAUUUUGCUAGCCGAGCGAGGUACUUGCUUCACAUUAUGGCGAGAAACUAUUGAUAAUCUUUCAUCUUAUAAGGUAUCCGGACCAGCAUUUCACACAAUGUGUCUCUCGUCGGACCACACACGUUUGGCUGGACUGAGUUUUGACAAUCCGAAAGCAGCAAACGAUUUGUGGCAGCACAUAGAACGACUGGUCUCGUGUCCAGAGAACAUAAGUCUUUCUGUGCCAGGUAAAAAGAAAAAGAAGGUGCCGCAAAAGAAGGUCGUCCUACCAGCGAAGAGCAAUAUAAGCCAGCCGUGCCAAUUCCAGCACGUGACGAGCGUUGAUGCUGCCGAUCGAUCGCGAUAUUUUUCCCUUCAAACGUUGGUGCCAGCCUUGAGUGAGCUAGAGAACUCCCUCGAGGCAAGUUUCUGAGUCACGGACAGCCUCGCAAAAUCCUCGUAGUUUCUCUUCACCUCUUCACCUUAACCAAUCGAAUCUUCUUCCUUUUUUUUUAUUUCUCUCUCUCUCUCUCUCUCUCUCUCUCCUUUUUUAUCUUUCCUUUCUUUUCA